CCCAACUCUUCAACUAUAUAACAAACCCUCCACCACAACAAAAUAGUACACACUAAUCAGACUUCAGGAAGAAGAAGAAGAAGAAAAAAACAACAUAAAAACCAUGGGAGAGGUGGAUCCAGCGUACUUUCAACAGCCAGAGCACAGGCCCAAGCUUGAAAUCGUUCAAGCACAAGGGAUACCCUUAAUCGAUCUCUCCGAGCUGACCAGCAACGACCCUUCACAACAACCUUCAGAAACCCUCGUGGAGGAAAUCCGGAAUGCUUGCCGGGAUUGGGGGUUUUUCCAGGUGGUCAAUCAUGGAGUUCCCCUGGAGACCCGGCAGAGGAUCAUGGCCGCUUCCAAGGAAUUCUUUGCCCAGCCGUUGGAUGAGAAGAGGAAGGUGAGAAGGGACGAGAAGAGGGUUUUGGGUUACUACGACACCGAGCAUACCAAGAACGUGAGGGAUUGGAAGGAAGUCUUCGAUUUGACUGUGGAGGAUCCGACUUUCGUUACAGCUUCUUAUCACCCUGAUGAUCAGGAAGUUGAUGAGUGGCACAAUCAGUGGCCUGAUUUCCCACCUCAUCUCAGGGGAGCAUGCGAGGAAUACGCCAGAGCUGUGGAGAAGCUGGCGUUCAAGCUGAUGGAGCUGAUAGCCUUGAGCCUUGGGCUGCGGGCGGACCGGUUCGAGGAUUUUUUCAAGGACCAAACCAGCUUCGUGCGGCUGAAUCACUACCCACCUUGCCCGGUUCCUCACCUGGCCCUUGGCGUUGGUCGCCACAAAGAUGCCGGGGCCUUGACCGUCCUGGCCCAGGACGACGUUGGUGGGCUGGAGGUCAAGAGGAAGUCCGACGGGCAGUGGGUUUGGGCCAGCCCAACUCCUGAUGCUUACAUCAUCAACGUCGGUGACAUCAUUCAGGUGGUUUGGAGCAAUGAGGCGUAUGAGAGCGUGGAGCACAGGGUGAUGGUGAACUCCGAGAGGGAGAGGUUUUCGAUCCCUUUCUUCUUCAAUCCAUCACAUUACACCGUGGUGGAACCCUUGGAGGAAUUGGUGAGCAAUGAGAGCCCUGCUAAGUACAAGGCUUACAACUGGGGGAAAUUCCUUCUCACAAGGAAAGCCAGCAAUUUCAAGAAGCUUGAUGUUGAGAACAUCCAAAUCUCUCACUUCAGAGUCCCGGAAUUGGCUGAUGCUUUGGAGGGUGCCCUAAAGUUGAACUGAGAAAUUGGCAGCUAUGGAAUUAACAGCCUUUCUAGUCGUAAU